AUGCUCCUCCACGAAGACCACGAUGCUUCAUCACCAUCCAGAAACUCCUCCCCCGAUGUCGUCCUUAUGGUGUCCAAUCCAGAUGUCGGACGAGUGGACAGAGGAACCAGUCCUCACCGAGGCGAUGCUGAACGAAUUGACAGAGGAACCAGUCCUCACCACCCAGAGCCUGCCGUCGUCACCCUCACUCCACACCUCAAUAACUUCUCAGAUGACGACGCCGAGGAUUACGCCAAGUUCAAGGAAAGAGAAAGAAUCCGCCGAUCGUCACCCAAGGGGCCCCCACGAGAUGCAUCACGGAAUGAAAACCCUGAUGACAGAAACCUACCGGGCUCUGAUGAAGUACCAAUGGGAGUUCCACCUCCUACUACGAUCGCGGCGAGCACUAGAGCUGCAGGUCCCUUGGGACUACGAGCAAGAACAGCGGCUCAACUCCCAAGCCAUGGAGAAACUGAACCGAUACCAGUUAUACAGGGAGCUGCACCUCCGCCAGUAUCAGUUAGUGGACAGGUUCCCCGCCCCAUGGGAAGAACUACCCUUGGUACAGAUCCUCACUCCGGAGAAUUGGAGCGACACGUGGACGCGCUCCUCCAGCGAAACACUAUCUCCACGGUAAUACAAAUGGCCACAGCCAUGGCCCUACAACGACUCGCUAACUUCGCUGCAGGGCAAUCUGGGAACAAGAAUAGCGACAUACCUCGACGACUGGCUAGUGCCAGUCUCCAGAUCAGAGGGCUUGCACUCCAAACCGAUCCUGACAUGGCCUCUUGGUACAAACACAACGACGGACGACCACGAGCUCUCCUCAUCCAUCCCAACGAAUUCUCCUAG